UUUUUUUUCGAUGCAAAUGCUAAUCAAGGUAUUUUUAAGACUAUUAAUUUGCACAUAAAAGAUGAAUAUAUAAAUUUACUCUCUGUUGUAAAAUCCAGUACUAAUUCAUACGUUGUUUGAUUAGGAAAGUAAGAUCAGUUUUACUAAUUAACAAUGAAAAAUUUUCUAGUUCUGGCAGCAGUUUUUGCAGUUGCUUAUGCAAACCAAGAUGAUUAUCUCCGUUGGGUAAGCUACGAUGGAACAAUACCAGACAACGCUGUACCAGCUGGAGAGGAUGCUAACAAUAACACUAUAUAUAUUGGACGUGUCUACUUAAACACCAAUACAAACCAGUCCAGUUGGAACUAUACCACAGAUGCAAAAGGAUACGUUCCCGGGAAUCUUAGAGAAGGAGUUGUGUCUUUAGAUACUGUGCUAUUCCAAAAGGUUCAUACAGCUACAGAAGGAAUUGAGAUUUUAACAGUAGUAAACGGUGCAAGAAUAGAAUGGAAAUUCGUUAAAAACUAUCAGUUCCCACAACUUUUUGACACAGAAGCUUAUCAUGUUGCUAGAGUCGGUUGGGAAUAUGAAGGAAUGGAAUUUAAUUCGACUACAUAUCUUGGAACUGUCAAUUUUAACGAUCAACCAAAUAUAGGAAAAAUUUUUAAUGCUGCAGUUCUUUGGGCAGAAAACCACGUUUUAUAUUUCCCUUCACAGGGAACAGUUUUGAGCGGAUACUCAUAUUAUGCUUUGGUUUAUUAUUAUUAAGUGUAUUUUAAGUAAAAUGAAAUAUUUAGUGUAUUAUAAAUGCAUAAUUUAAUAUACAAUAAAAAAAUAUACCAUA